AUGGAGGUUGAGGAUGGAGCCCAGCUCUGCUUUCCACAGUUCCCAAACACCUCCUGCAGGAAGCCCUUGUCUCCUUGGCCCGAGACAGUUACCAUUGUGCUGUACUCCAUCUCUCCGAUCACUGUGGCUCUCAACCUGCUCAUCAUCAUCUCUAUCUCCCACUUCAGGCAGCUCCACACACCCACCAACUUCCUCCUCCUCUCUCUGGCUGUCUCAGACUUUCUAGUGGGUCUCCUGCUGAUGCCUGUAGAAAUUCUACGAACAACAUCCUGCUGGUAUUUUGGUGACCUUGUGUGUUCUAUGUAUCCUUUUAUUGGAAUCAUCAUUACAGUAGCCUCAGUAGUUGACAUAGUGCUCAUAUCAGUUGACCGUUAUGUGGCUAUUUGUGACCCUCUGCAUUACACCACUAAAGUCACCGGGAGGAGAGUUAAAAUCGUUGUUUGUCUAUGUUGGCUCUGUUCUUUUUUCUACUGCUUUAUUUUUGUAAAUCAUGACACGAUAUAUGAUAUAGGAAGGAGUAAUUCCUGCUACGGAGAGUGUGUGAUGUACUCAAACUAUAUUCCAGAAGUUGUUGAUCUGGUUUUGAUCUUUAUUGUUCCAGUUACUGUCAUUGUAGCUCUGUAUCUGAGAAUAUUUGCCGUGGCUGUGUCUCAGGCUCGUGCCAUGCGCUCUCACAUUACAGCUGUCACACUCCAGCUUUCAGUGACUCCAAAGGCAAAGAAAUCAGAGCUGAAAGCAGCCAGGAAUCUUGGUGUUCUUGUAGUUGUGUUUCUAAUGUGUUUCUGCCCAUAUUACUGUUUCUUUUUUGCAGGAGACAACUUGCUCAGUGCCUUAUCUGCAUCCUUUGUAAUAUAUCUGUAUUACUUUAACUCUUGUCUAAACCCUGUUAUGUAUGCCUUGUUUUACCCCUGGUUUAGAAAAUCAGUUAAACUCAUUGUUACUCUUCAGAUACUGCAGCCUGGCUCCUCUGAGACCAACAUGCUGUAG